AUGGCUACUUCUUCCGUUCUUGGUUUCCCUCGCAUUGGCCCUCAGCGUGAGGUCAAGAAAGCUCUGGAGGCCUACUGGAGCGACAAGAUCUCUGCGGAGGAGCUCCUGAAGGUCGCCAAGGAGCAGCGUCUUAACACCUACGAGACCAUCAAGUCGCAGGGUGUGGACUUCAUUCCUACUGGUACCUUCUCGCUCUACGACCACGUGCUUGAUGCGUCGAACACUUUUGGCAUCAUCCCGGAGGCGUACGCCAAGUCGGGUCUCUCGGGCCUUGACACCUACUUCGCUAUGGCCCGUGGUCACCAAAAGGGUGGUGUUGACCUGCCGGCUACUGAGAUGAAGAAGUGGUUCGACUCGAACUACCACUACCUCGUGCCCGAGUUCUCGGAGAAGUCGACCUUUAAGCUGAACAACACCAAGCCGAUUGACGACUUUGUUGAGGCUAAGGAGGCUGGCUACAACGCUCGCCCGGUCGUUGUUGGUCCGAUCACUCUUCUUUGGCUUGGUAAGCUUGCCAAGGAUGUGCAGGACCCGAACUUCAACCGCUACACUCUUCUGCCGAAGCUGGUUGAGGUCUACGUGGAGCUCUUCCAGAAGCUGGUGGGCGCUGGUGCUUCGUGGAUCCAGGUGGAUGAGCCGAUCCUCGUCACUGAUGCUGCCAAGGAUCUCGCUGCCGAGUUCAAGCAGACCUACGAGCUUUUCGCUAAGAGCGUGCCGAAGGCUGACAUUCUCCUGACCACCUACUUCGGUCGCCUGGAGGACAACAUUGACUUUGUGAAGGAGCUCCCUAUCGCCGGUCUUCACAUUGACCUGGACCGUGCUCCUGAGCAGCUUGACCGCGUUCUUGACGCCGUUGCCUCGACCAAGAUUGGUCUCUCGCUUGGUCUUGUGUCGGGCCGUAACAUUUGGAAGACCGACCUGGCCGCUGCGCUGAAGCUCGCUCAGAAGGCUGUGGAGAAGCUCGGUGCUGACCGUGUGCACGUGGCCUCAUCUUCGUCGCUGCUCCACACCCCGAUCACGGUGGCCAACGAGAAGAAGCUCAAGCCUGAGGUGCUCGACUGGUUCUCGUUCGCUACUGAGAAGUGUGGUGAGGUUGCCACUCUGUCGCAGGCUCUUCAGGGCGGUGCUGCGGACAAGCUUGCCGAGAACGCUAAGAGCAUUGCUGCUCGUCGCGACUUUGAGAAGAACUCGGACCCGGCUGUUCGUGAGCGUCUCGCCAACAUCAAGCCGGAGGCCUUCAACCGUAAGUCGCCGUUCUCCCAGCGUCGUGAGGUGCAGCGCCAGUUCCUGAAGCUGCCGCCGUUCCCGACGACCACCAUUGGUUCGUUCCCUCAGACCAAGGAGAUCCGUCAAUACCGUGCCCGCUUCACAAAGGGUGACAUCUCGAAGGAGGAGUACGAGAAGUUCCUGGAGAACGAGAUCAAGAUGGUCGUUGAGAAGCAGGAGGCUCUUGGCCUUGACGUGCUGGUGCACGGUGAGCCGGAGCGUAACGAUAUGGUUCAGUACUUCGGUGAGCAGCUCGACGGCUUUGUGUUCACUCAGAACGCCUGGGUGCAGAGCUUCGGUUCGCGUUACGUGCGCCCGCCGAUUGUGGUUUCGGACGUGUCGCGUCCUCACCCGAUGACCGUCCGCUGGUCGUCGUACGCUCAGAGCCUGACCAGCAAGGUCAUGAAGGGUAUGCUUACUGGUCCGGUUACCAUUCUCAACUGGUCGUUCCCGCGUGUGGACAUUGGCAAGGAUGUGCAGUCGUUCCAGAUUGCCCUGGCUCUGCGUGAUGAGGUGAUUGACCUUGAGAAGGCCGGUAUCAAGGCUGUUCAGGUCGACGAGCCGGCUAUCCGUGAGGGUCUGCCUCUGCGUCGCUCGGAGUGGGACAACUACCUCAAGUGGGCUGUUGACUCGUUCCGUCUCUCGGUGGGCGGUGCCUCGGAUGCCAUGAACACGGCCAGCCACUUCUGCUACUCGGACUUCAACGAUAUCAUGGACUCGGUCAUUGCUCUUGAUGCCGACAUGAUCUCGAUUGAGAACUCGAAGAGCGACGCUAAGCUGCUGAAGAUCUUCCAGUCGACCAAGUACCCGAACGAGAUUGGUCCGGGUGUGUUCGACAUUCACUCGCCGCGUGUGCCGUCGGUCGAGGAGAUGACUCAGCGCAUCAAGGAGAUGAGCGAGUUCAUCGACCCGAAGCUGCUGUGGGUCAACCCCGACUGUGGUCUCAAGACCCGUACGUGGGAAGAGUGUGAGGCUCAGCUUAAGGCCAUGGUCGCUGCGGCGGAGCAGGCUCGCAAGAUGUUCGCCUAA